AUGGCGCCCUCACUUGGUGAUCAGACUGCACAGCAGGAACCACAGCAGAUACCACAGCAGACGGCCAACAUGUACGCCGCCGCUCAUGCAGUUUUCUACACCACCGAGUUGCUUGAGCAGAUCCUCCUCGAGCUACCGAUGAAGGAUCUCCUCCUCGACCAGCGUGUGAGUAAGAUGUGGAAGGAAUGUAUCGACAAGUCGACCAAGUUGCAGAAGGCACUGUUCUUCGUGGCGGAUGCCGACGAGUAG